CCUCCUGGCUGCCAGUGCCCAUGGCUCGUGUGUGUUGUUAUUUUUGUUGUUGGCUUUUUUUUGUUUGUGUGUUGGGUUGGGGCUGGGCUGAGCGCACACACACGGGCAUCAGCUCCACUACUGGCUCCCUCGGCUCGGCGCGGCGCGGCGCGGCUCAGCUCGGCUCGGCUCCCGGGUCAGCUCAAGGAGGUGCCUGGCACCGGGUGAGUCAAAAAAUGGUCCUAGGCACCCAGGCAGGAGGGGAGGAGACCGAGAAAACGCAGCCGCUUUCCAGGGGCUCCUGCGAAGCGACCUGUGACAAUUCUCCUCUCUGCGGAGCGGCGGCGGCGGGUCGGGUGCGGUGGCUAUGGGGAGGCCAUCGCCCCCUCUGCAGCUAUGGGAAAGAAAAGCUCACAUCUUCCCCUCCCCCCCCCCAACACCAACUCCGGACGGGCAUCGCUCCGGAUUGCAGCCGCCCGCCGGCACCCCCCCUUCCCCAUCGCAUCCCUCCCCUCUCUCCUCCCCGCGCCGCGCCGCAGCCUCCUCCUCUGCCUCCUCCCCCUCGCCAGGACACCGGGCAGAGCCGCACGGGGGGAUCCCUCUGGUGGGGGCGGGGAAUGGGGCUUCUCCCCCCCCCCCAGCUCCAGGGGGGCGAGCCGAGGCGUCCGCUGAGCAGCCGCGGGAUGUCCGCGAUGGUAGGGGGGCGGCGGCGGAGCAGGGGCUGUGCCCGCAUCCUAGCAGGAGCCCGCAGGCUCGACCGAGCUGGGAGGGCUGCUCCCCUGCUGACUGGAAGUGUAUUUCAUAGGCUCCAUACUGCUCAGAGGCAAGCCAGGCUGGAUCCAGCUCUGUAUUUGUCAGAAUUCAGUGGAGACAUGGGCACCUUGGCACGAGCUGGCACCUCACUGCCAGCGUCACAGAGGGAGUUACGCCUGAGGUACACCAACAGAAGUAACAGAAGAAGCAGGCCCAAUAAGGAUGCAAGGCUUUGGGGCUAUGCAAAGCCCAUUUAAAUCAAUAGAAAGACUCCGCUUGCUCUGGGCUUUGGAUCAGAGCCCGAAGACUGUGCACAAGAGAAACAAACCCAGAAUUCCCAUACGGGGCAUGGCUAGAAAGUAACGUUUGGACCUGAUCCUGCAAACAGACGAGUAACUUUACUAGUGUGUUGUAGUUCCAUUGAAGCCAAUGGAACAACCCCCCUGCCACCAAUAAGCUUUGGAUCAGACACUUGGCCUGUUAGGAAAGUGUUUCUCCAACUGUUCAUUUGCAAGAGAAAAUUUGUGCUGGAAUUUAAAAUAAAAUGUUUUAGGGGAACUGUAAAAAAUAUAUUAGUUUCCAAAAAUUAGCCCCAUAUUCCUCUGAUAUAUGAAAACAAAACACCAUAUGAAAAAGUGGCAUUGGUAUAAAUGUUCUUUCUGUGGGAAAACUUUAGCAACUUACAUAAUCAAUUGCCAGCAUAUUUCUGUAGCUAAACCCAAUUACUACAAACAAAUUGGCAUGAACAUUCGUCUUGCAAACCUUUCAGUAAACACAAUGGACUUUUCUUCUUCUUAUAUUAGAAUUAGUAAAAGCACAGAGAAGGGCACAAAACAUGAGUGGGGCAUGGAACAGAUUCCAUAUGAGGAGAGAUUAAUAAGAUUGAGACUGUUCAUCGUAGAAAAGAGAUAACAAAGGGGGGAUAUGACAGAGGACUAUACAAACAUCCAUGGUGUGGAGAAAGAGACCAUGGAUGUGUUGUUUGCCUCUUCGCAUAACACAAGACCCACGGGUCACCCAAUGAAAUGAAUAGGCAGCAGGUUUAAAACAAACAAAAGGAACUAUUUCUUCACACAACGCAC